AUGCACUUGUUGCACAAAACAUUGUCUUGGAUAGAAAUGUCAAACAUGGCCAAUCACAGUGAGAUGCCGCCGAUAACCCUCUCGCCAAGCCAGAAACGCCAAUGGUUUCGGGCACGAAUAGGCAGACUCCAAGGUCCGAAACAGCAACACCACCAGUCCCUGGAUGUGUAGUCGUGCGCCGACGAGAGAGUUGCCCUUUGAAUCCGACUAGUGGCAAUCGCACAUCUCGAAACUCCACGCCUGUCACACACGCACACGACCUCGAACCCCACAGCUCGCAAUGUCGCGGCGGCCCAAUCCCGCCGCUGAUCGCGCUGAGCAGAACCGCGCAACGCUCAAGAACCUGGUGAAGCUUGAGGGCAACAAGGCAUGCUCCGACUGCAAGAGGAACAAGCACCCGCGAUGGGCCAGCUGGAACCUCGGCGUCUUCAUAUGUAUUCGGUGCUCGGGAAUCCACCGCGGCAUGGGCACGCACAUCUCCAAAGUCAAAUCGGUCGACCUCGACACCUGGACGGACGAGCAACUGCAAAGCGUGCUGAAGUGGGGCAACGCCAGGGCGAACAAGUACUGGGAGGCAAAGCUGGCACCGGGACAUGUGCCUUCAGAGGCCAAGAUUGAGAACUUCAUUCGCACAAAGUACGAGUCGAAGCGCUGGGUCAUGGACGGGCCCAUGCCGGAUCCUUCGACAUUGGGCGAGGACGACGACGAUAUGCCAUUGUCGAAGGUGCAGGAGAAGAUUCAGGUGGAACGAUCAGCCUCGCAACGUCUGGCUGGUAACGCCGCAGCCUCGAGACCACCUCCACCGCAAGCGAAGCCGGCGCCGGUAAUCGACCUCUUUGGCGAUGCAACCCCUGCCCCUCCACGAUCGAGCACUGGACCGCCGGCGGCGACAAGAGCACCGCCGCUGAAGGCAGACCCUGCUCCACCGAAACAGACCAAGGCUGGCGACUCGUUGUUGGGCUUGGAUUUCCUCGGUGGCAGCUCUGCACCACCGGCUAGGCCCUCUAGCACAGGACCAGCAGGUGCCUCUGCUGCCCCGUCGAGGCCUGACCUCAAGCAGUCAAUCCUGUCCCUGUACGCUUCCGGGCCAAAGCCAGCAGCACAACCGCAGCCCCAGCAACAUGCGCGCCAGGAGUCGUUCGGUGGUCUCGCAUCACCUCAGUCGCAGACAUCUCCCACACACUCAGCCUUUGGCGGCAUGAACGACGCCUUCGGCAGCCUCUCCUUCAACGCUGCGCCCGCACCCAAGCCCUCGCCCUUCUCCGGCCUCGACGCCUUCUCCAGCACAAAGUCGCCCGCCUCGACAUCCUCAUCCACCAUGUUCGGCGGCGGCGGCAACUUCUUCGACUCGAAGCCCAAGCCUCCCCCCACCCAGAACCGCACAACAAGCCCCUUGAGCGGCCUCGGCAACUUUUCUUCCCUGAACGCUCCCGCACCCUCCAAGCCCGCAGCUCCAUCCUCCAGCAUGGGCGGCAUGGGCGGCAUGGGCGAUCUUCUCGACCUCUCAAUGCCCUCCGCGCCCGCUCCAGCGCCGCAGCAAACAUUCUCGCCCGUCGCCGCGCCUCCACCCGCGCCCUCCGCUUUCAACCUGUCCCAGCCUGCGGCUCCAGCAGCAUCGAAGCCCAGCCAACCGGCCGUCAACUACGGCAACAUGGACGCCUGGGGGAGCAACGACGCCUGGUCCUCCAGCGCGCCCAGCCAGCGCGCGGCUCCUGCUGCGACGACAUCGCAUGCACCGGCGAAGAGCCCCGGGUGGGGUGGCGAUGAUGACUUUGGGGGCUGGAGCAGUGCCGCGCCUACGACGACGACGACGACGACGACGACUACGACGAGCACCGCAACGAGCGCGAACAAGCCCGCGGGUGGGUUUGGUGGAGGAAACGAUGAUUUGUUCUCGAAUGUUUGGGAGUAGAGGUUGUUUCGAGGGGUAGGAACGAGGAUGGGUGGGUGGCAUUUUUGAGUAAUUGCAUAGAUCACGAUUGAAGUACAUGAUGGACGAGGAGAAGCUGUACAUGUACAGAUACGAAAAUGACAACAGAGCGACUGCACCGCAAGCCACAUAUACCUCAUCCAAGGUACAAAUUCGCAGCCAAUCUUGUGAAGUGUAUACACCUAACCCAUACCAACCUCAACCUAACGCAGUCCCUGCGCAAAAGUAAUGUCCAAGCAUAAUCCCAGCAAUACCCUCAACGCCAUCCAACACCGAAAAUGCAACAUAGCGCUCAGCCGCCCGUACAAGCUUUGUUCCCUUACAACUCCUCCUUGGUCGUCCCAGUCUUCAGACCCAAGCAAGUCUUGAUACACGUAUAAACAAGCUC